GAACGAAACGUUGAAUUGGCUGCGCAACUGGAAAAACGAAGCCGUGCCCACGAACGCGCCGUGGCUAAAUUGUCAGUCAUUCAGGAACAAGCCACUCGUGCAGCCAAUCAGGCAGCCAGUGAUCGGGCCAAUCUCGAACAGACAGCUCAACGUGAUGUUUCCAGAGCACAAGAACAGAUUCGGGCGCAUGCACAAACUAUCGGCGCUUUGGUAGCUGAAAAAACUGAACUGCAGACAAGAGUACAACACUUGGAACGUUUGUCUCAACAACGCGCUCAG